AUGGCGCCAACCCAGCACUACCCCGUGUGGUACGUGGCCGUUUGUGGCACUGUUUUCGCUGUCGAAGGCGUCGUGGGAUUUCUUUUCAAUUUAAUCGUUCUUGUGGUUUACCAUCUGAACAAGAGAACUCUUAAGAGUGUCAGCAAUGUUUUAAUCACGAAUCUCAACAUUAUUGACAUGUUAAUCUCCUUAGUGUGCUGCCCUGUCAGUCUUGCGUACACAGCCACUUCCCGUUUCCAUGGUCAAGGGCUCUGCUAUGUUUUCGAGGCCUCCGUGGCAUUCGCCAGCACGGCCAGCGCUGUCAACUUGCUCUUCAUCAGUUUUGACAGGUAUGAGUCAAUAGUGGUUCCGAUGAAGAGAAAGAUUAAAGAUACAAAUGUGAAAUAUGUCGUGGCGUCUGUAUGGGUGCUGGCAACUGUUGCCGUUCUUCUACCGAUUUUUGGCUAUAUUGAAGCGGCAGUAGGGUCUGUAAUAUCCGAAGCCGAAAACCUCAACAGCAGCGUACCGUGUUCUUUUUGGCUUCAUGGCUCAAAGGCUUUCUAUGUUCACGAAAUGUAUUACAUUGCCGUCUUUUUAAUAUCAUCUGUCGUGACUAUGAUUUGUUACUACAAAGUAUUCCGUCUUGCCAAACAGAGGCUGGCACUAAGGAUCGCUUUGCUGCGUUCCACCAUGACGUUACCAGGGUCCAAACCUUUGAUGGAUCUAAAAAAGCAGCAAGACAAGAGAGUCACCACCAUGACGUUAGUGAUUGUGUGUACUUUCAUUAUUUGUUGGGGUCCUAACAUGACAAUAACCGUGAGCGGAUUGUUUAUGGAGUCUAAUCUAUACUUCGAAAUGAUUCAAACUGGCCUUUUGUGCUUAGCAUAUCUCACAACCGUUCUACAUCCGCUUUUGUACGCGUUUUUGAGAGAAAACUUCCGCGAAGCUCUGAGAGACAAAUGGCGUUCUCGUCCUCAGGUGAGAAACGCCAAGAUUUCACCCAACCCGUCGUCAUCGACAAACAACGUCAGGUUGUUAGCCGUGCGCCAAAUAGACGACCCGUCUUUGUCGGAUUUCCCCACCAUCAGCCAACUUGUGUCACCAGUAAACAAUGUAUCAGUCUCCCUACAAGACGCACUUGUAUUUUCCCCGAGGUGA